AUGGAUCUCUCUCCAGAACUACUCUACUUUAAGGACAAUAUUGGGCCUCAAGAAUGGAACCAGAAGCAGCAGUGGAGUUCCUCUGAUUCUGAAGGAUACUCCAGCCUUUCCCCAGCCUCUUCCACAGAUUCCUUCAGCUUCUCACCUCCAUAUGAAUCGUGUGCCUUCCCUAAAGAGUCAUACACCAACUUCAACACUGAUCUGCCCCAGACAGACAGGCUGGAAACUAGAAACAGGUCACUAACAGCAAGGAAGAGCAAUAGGAAAAGGAUGGUUUGCAACCAGAGGCAGAGUGCCAGUGAACGGGAGAAGAUGAGAAUGAGGAACCUAUCUACAGCUCUGCAGAAUGUGAGAAGAUAUCUUCCUCCACAAGUGGCACCAGCGGGGAAAAGCCUGACCAAAAUCGAGACACUGCGGCUAACCAUCCGCUACAUCUCUCAUCUGUCCGAGGUUUUGGGUCUUGAUGAGGAGAUCCUGAUGAAAAGAAGGGAAGAGACCAUCCGAAGGUCUAGGAUUUGCCCUGUUGGUAUGAACUGCUUCCAAGGACGAAUGCACGAGCUCUGUCCUGAGGCUACAACCACGUUCCCAGAUGUUUCAUCUCCAUCACCCUCUGCCUAUUCUCCUGGCCUGUUUGAAGAUCAAGCUGGCUUCCAGAACAUGUACAUAGAAUGCCAAAGUUCUGUGCCACAUACUUCAGUACUGGGUGCAGCGGAGACCCCUUCAUACUCUCCUUGUGCAAUGAUGACCUCACCAAUCCAUGACAUCACCCAGACAGUCACACAGGAAGAUUUCACUGCAACUUCACCUAUUUCUCCAGAUCUGGGCUUUUGUCAGAACUUAAUUGAUGACAUGUGGGAAGAGCUCCAAGAAAAAGAUCUUUGGACAUCAUUUCAACCACCAGAAACAGCCCAGCCACAGCAAUUCUGUUAA